AUGCUGAAGACUGAUAGAUGUAAGAAACUGUCAUGUAAAGAGCAAACUUUGGACCCAGAAAGGCCUGGAAGAACAGAGAGCCUAGAUGUGAAUUCCAGUCCUUCAUUGUUGCUGAAUAUUGCCCUUGCACUCCAACAUGUGUUGGUACUGUCCUCUCUGUGUGCGUUGGUUGUGGAAACACUCAUUCAGGAAGUAGACAAAGACAGAAUAGUGGCCUAUGUGUUCUUUAACUCGGGUAUAUCUACACUGCUGCAGAGCUGGAUUGGAUCACGUUUGCCAUUGAUCCUGGCUCCAUCUUUGGACUUUCUAAUCCCUGUCUUGGCUCUGCUUUCUGCUCAGUCAGGGACUGCUGUGGCCUGCAGGGGGCAGUGCACUGAACCAGAGGAGCCUGUGGCCCCAGCACACCCAAUAAGAGAGUUGAGAGGCAUGGCUGUGGCUGCAGGUAUGGUGCAGCUCGCUGUGGGUUUGGCUGGUCUGGGUGGCUUUGCACUGGGACGUUGUGGACCAUUAGUUCUGGCUCCUCUUCUCUGCAUUCUGGGUUUUUCCAUCUACAGGGAGGCAGCACUGGUUUGUUCUGACCACUGGGGCAUGGCUGCACUGGCAAUUGUUCUUCUUGUGAUCCUGUCUCAGCAUCUGCACUACUUUCUGCGGCUGUCGGUGUUCUCCGUCUGCAAGAGACUUUCUGUACUUCUGUCUGUGAUGGUGACGUGUGGUGUUUGUGCUGCAUUGGUGCACUGGGGACAUGUCCCUCUGAACUCUGUGACCCACAUGCUCUCGACAAAGAGAAACGCCACCUUCAUUCAGUCCAGGAACGGUCCACACUCACCUGACUUUGUCUUUCCUAAUGACUCUGUACCCUGGCUGGACUUCCCCCUUCCUACGCCAGCACUCCCCCUGCUGUCUGGAAAAAGCAUUGCAGCAGGAGUGGCAGGAGGCCUGUCUAGCAGCAUUAGCUCUGUGGCUGUGUAUGUGGUGGCAGCUCGGCUCCUGAAGGCUCCUGUGCCCCCAGCACAUGCCUGUAACAGGGGCCUGUGUGUGGAUGGACUAGGAAGUGUGCUCUCUGGCCUGAUGGGGGCGCCAGUAGGACUGUGCAGCAGUGUGCCUAAUGCAUGUGUUAUUGGGCUCAGCCAGUCUGGGUCCCGGAGCACAGUGCAGCUCGCUGGGGUGUUGUUGUUAAUUCUGGGUGUGUCUCCUCAAUUAGCUCAGAUGCUCUGCUCAGUCCCUCUGGCCAUCCAUGGUGCUGUGCUCGGCGUGACCUACACACUUGCCGUAGCAACAGGCAUAACUUAUUUCCAACAUGCAGAUGUUGACUCUGGACGCAACAUUUUCAACAUCGGCUUCACAGUGUUCAUGUCAUUAGCACUGCCACGCUGGUUCAGACUUCACUCUAGUUUUAUACAAACAGGUGUACCCAGUGUUGAUGUUUUUCUCCAGGCUCUUUUAACCUUACCCGUUUUCUUUGUGGGGGUUUUGGCUUUUCUUCUAGAGCACACUGUUUCAGGGACUUUGCCUGAGAGGGGUCUUGUGCGACAUGAAGGCACAAAGAAGAUUCUGUCUCUCGCUGACCAGCAGCAGGGUUACAGCCAUAGUCCAAACGCGGUGUAUGACCCACCUCCACUUGUGAUGAAAGUGCUGGACCUGAGCGGCUUGAGAACCGUCCCGUUCUGUGCCUGCAGAAGCCCACCUGUUGAAGAGGUGGUAGUGACAGUACCAGAGAUGUCUAGCCUAUUACCUGACAAGGAUGCUGGUGUUAGCAGUGGCUGA